UCACACACUCACACGCGCGCAGAUAAAAUGUCUGUCUCUGUUGGAGCCGUGUGUUUCUUCCUGCUCUGACGCUCAACUUCCCUCUAUCCGAAACUAAAACAAAGAUGACAAGGCCGCGACUUUUGCGUAAAUGUCCGGAUCAGAGAGUUGUAGGACAUCUCCAAGCAUCAUAUUAGCGCAGAAACGCUGGCUUGUACUGGGGUGUCAACGCGAUAAAUCCCCGCCUGAAGUAGUGAGUCGGUGGCGGCGGCAUGUCGCUGAGCUCCGGCGGGUGGACUCGAGCAUCUCCGCCGGCCCAGUCCUCGUCGUCUCACCUCGGCCACGAGGCCUCGCAGUCGGCAUGCAGCACUGUUUUGAUGUCGGUGAAGGUGUCGGUAUGCCAUUCCGGUAUACGGCCGCUAUGUCUCCCCGGAGCAGGAGACGAAUCUCUCCGUCUUCAGCUGAGCAUGGACCCCGGGAAAGCAGGGGAAUUCCGCCUCGCGCUGCGGGAUAUCAGCGCUACAGCGGCCGGGCGCAGUGUGUUUAUUGCUGAAUUUGACCUCAAGACUGUUCAAUAUGAAGUCAAGACGCCACUGUGCCAUGAACUGAGUUUGGCAACACCUCCACAUGACCGUAUCUCGUUCAAAUUUCGGUGUGAACAGGAAGCGCAGGAGUGGGCCACCGUGGUGAUGUCAUCCCUCCGUGAGGCACACAGAGUGGCAAUUAGUUCCUCCACUGAAGAAGGGCGACUACCUCCUCCACCUCUGGCCACACAGAGCAAAGCACCCAUGCCACGCACAGAGGAGAUCUGUGCGGAGCUGGUCAGUGCGAUAGAGGCAGGUGAUGUACGGUCUGCAUCAGUCUGUGCAUCGUCUUUAGCUAAACAGAAAGCUGCUCUGAGCAUUCAGCCCUCGAAACGAAACUACACAGACUCUGAAGUUUGCUUGGCUGUGGUGGUGGAAGAUGCAUCCUCUUCCUGUUGUGUCUCGGUGAAAGUCUUCCCACACUCCACAAUUGGUGCUCUCAAACAGCAGGUCUUCUCAGACUAUGGUUUUCAUCCACGUGUUCAGCGCUGGGUCAUUGGUCAGUCUUUGUGCUCUGACCAUCGCUCUCUGGCAUCCUAUGGAGUCCAGCGAGAUGGAGACACUGCGUUCCUUUAUCUCAUUUCUGCCCGUCAGGCUCGUCUCAGUCGAGGGAUCUACCAGCAAGAUCAGGAAAGUGCUUUACUCAUGGUGCCAACGACUCACCAGGCCCACCAAGAAGCAGUUAGCAAUGGGCCAGCAGCACUCAACACAGCCUCAAGACCAUACAGCACCCUGCCUACAAGACUUCAUAACAGCCAUAAUACUCUGAGUAACAAUGCUGGAGGAUCAGAGAGGUUGGGUUUAAGUGAUAUUCGUGACCUGAUCAACCUUGAGCUGCCACAGCUAAAUGAAGCCCUGGGUCCCAACAGAACAAGCAUACAGCCGGGAUGGGCCUGCCCGACCUGUACGUAUAUUAAUAAACCAACCCGUCCAGGCUGUGAAAUGUGCAGCGCAGACAGACCUGAAGGAUACACUGUUCCUGGCAACUACAGACCAGAUGCUUUAGAGCUGCGACGCAUUCAGCAAGAAAAAGAAGCAAUAAGGCAGUACCAACAGGAGAAAGGGAGAAGAGAGGAGCUGAGGGGCAACAACUCACUACUGCACAACCUCGACCAGGACUACUGAUUACAAACACACAAACACACUCAUACUCCAAACACAACUACAACACCAACACCAGCCGGUAUACUGCACAACCUCUAUAUGCCUGAACAGAUCACUGCUGAAUAAUUUGAUCCAUGCAAAGUCAUCUUUUUUAAAUGCAGAAGUUGAAAUAGAUAUUAAACACUGCAGGUAAUCUGUGUUGCAGGUACACAGAAACAGGUUUAUACAAUAUUAUUGCAAGGAGAUCAUACAGUCGCUUCACUACUUGAUCUAAUAAUAUCUUCCUUCCACACACUGAGCUUUUGUCUUGGUAUAAAUCAAUUCAGGUACAGACUCUUUUAAUGGGCUCACGCCUCAAGCAUCAGAGGACAUUGUAUAUCUCUGUAAGUAGAUGAAUGAUACGAUUCUUACUGCACAGCCUUUGCUUGAAUGAAUGUAAAGCUUCUAUUUAUAUAGCCAAUUUGAUACAAGUUUAGUCUGACCUUACGAUACAGUAUCUCCUCAUGGAUUGAAAUAUAAUAAUAAUAAUAAUAAUAAUAUAUAUUAUUAUUCAAGAACUAAGUGAUUUAAAAAAAUGCAAAUGAACUAUUACUGCGUCCCAUUUUCAGAGGUGAUGAACAACGCACUUUUUGGUUUAGUGAAAUCUAACCAUACACUUUUGCUUACUGUACAUAACCUUUGCUACAUUGACUGUUGUUGUUCACACAAGCAACAUGACUUUGACAUCAAAGAUGAUAUUGUAAGAUAGAAGUAACUGAAGUAGAGAGGCGUUUUUUUUUUUUUUUUUUUCUCUGUGAAUGAUGUUUCACAUCCCAAACCUGUGCCGUAGGACUGUGCAACACUCAUGACAAUUUGUAAUGAUUUUACAUUUUGCAGAAUUUUAUUGUAUAGUCUUGCACAAUGCACUUUUUUUUUUAAUGCAAUCUGCUUAUGCCAUACUGAUCCUGGAUUUGGGUGUGCGCCAGAAAAAGCACACAAAUUCAUAAAACAAUCACUGCAUUUUCUAAUUAAAACAAAUUGGACAAUGUUUCAAAAACAUCCAAACCUCAGAAUCAUAAAUGCAGGCGAAGACAAACUUAUUAACAGUGUGAAGUUUGAAUUAUAUGUUCAAAUAUUUCCUAAGUGAUGUUUAACAGAGCAAGGAUAUUUUUCAUAGUAUUUUUAUUAUAUUUUUUCUUUUGGCCAAAAUGUUGUUAGGAUAAUGUUAUCCUCAGAGAGGAAAAGCAAUGCGUUUCCUACUUUUGUAGUUCUUAUCUUUAAAAAAGUAAAAAAAUGUCCAUUUAGAUAAUCCUCUUGUCUUUUUCUUCCAUGUGUUCAAAAUAAUGAGAAUAUUUCCAUCACAGAAAUCUAAGGUUCUGUCAUCUACCUUUCUUUCUGUUUUUGUGUUUUCUCAUUACGUUUGGAAUUCAACGUGACUGUUCAUUUUAAUUCAGCGAUUUAAUUUUUAAAAAGCAAAUGAACUAAACUAAAAUGAACUCGCAUUACAUUUUUAAAGAGUAACUCAAAUAUUAUUUUUUAAUUUUUAAAAGUAAUGCAGUACUUUACUUGGGAUUUAGGAAAGUAAUAUUAUUACGUAACUCUUAUUACUUGUAACUCAUGUUACCCCAACACUGUCUGUCUGUCUGUCUGUCUGUCUGUCUGUCUGUCUGUCUGUCUAUAGUUAGGGUGAAGACUAGUAUCUUGAAAAAUAACUAGUAAAAUGUUUUAUGCAGUAAUGAUGGCAUAGCCAAAAUAAACUAGUUGUGAGGUAUUAGUUAUUAAAUAUUUUUUUGUUAAAACACUUGGAAAAUAUUUGUAUAAGUUUAAUCAAAUUUUAUAAUUCUAAUUCAAUAAUUUUGUCUUCAACUGUACAUGCAUGGUAAGAGAGCAAAUGUGAAAUACAUGUUUACUGGUAUAGAAUUCUCUUUAAAGACAUAACUUGGUGAAUUAAGAUACUAUUUUCAUUUUAACAUCAAAUCAUAUUAUUUUUUUUCUAAAAUAUUACACCAAAGAGAGCGUAACUUACUUUUAACUCUCUGGUGCUUAGUGCAUCAUGGGUAAACCACAUCUAUAAGUAGGCCUGAUGACAGGGAAAGAGAAAGAGAUGUCUUUAUGUCCUCACUUAGAGCUGUAAUGUAGCAUAACCUGUUUGUAUGACUGUGGGCUUCAUUCUUUCAUCUUAUGUACAAUAGCCUUGAUUUUAAGAAAGACAGAUUGCUAUGCAAAUGAACUAUGUGAAGUCGAAUAAAGUUUUUUUUUUUAAAUAGAUGCAUAUC